GAACAAUUGGUCAGCAUUUGGAUUUCGGGCGUGCAACAGUUGUGUUCAAAUUUCAAAGUGAAUCGCGAGCAACGUCAAAGACGAUUUUACUUAUAAAAUAUAUCUUUUUUAAAUUGUUAUAUGCGAAAGGAUCUCGCACAGAAGAUAUACAUUUCUUUAUAUAAACAAUAUUUCUUUAGUCGGCUGCUAGCUAGACCGAAACUUAAGAAUGAAAUUAUAUAUCCCACUGCUGGCACUCGUUGCCAUUGGUGUACACGCUGAUGUCUCACAUUUGAGCAGUGACUUGCAGGAAGAUGGCUAUCAUUAUAAGCAGCCUUCGGUGCCAUUUCCAGCGCCACCUUCGGGUAAUGAAAUAGAUGACACCGGCUAUCAACCACAGCCUCGUCCGCAGCCGCAGCCUCAGCCAUCGUAUCCGGCACCGCGGCCACAACCGCAACCUCAACCACAACCAUCGUAUCCUGCACCUCGACCGCAGCCACAACCGCAACCUCAACCUCAACCUCAGCCACAACCAUCAUACCCCGUACCGGGGCCACAGCCUUCGUAUCCUUCAACCCGCCCCCAACCACAGCCGCAGCCACAGCCACAACCUCAGCCUUCAUACCCAGCACCGGGACCACAACCGCAACCACAACCUUCAUAUCCAUCUACGCGCCCACAACCACAGCCACAGCCAUCAUAUCCAGCGCCACGACCGCAACCACAGCCACAGCCACAGCCGCAGCCGCAGCCGCAGCCGCAGCCACAGCCACAACCAUCAUAUCCAGCACCUAGGCCACAGCCACAGCCACAACCUCAGCCUUCAUACCCCGCACCACGUCCACAGCCGCAGCCAAGACCACAACCAUCUUAUCCUUCACCUCAACCACAGCCACAGCCUAGUCAGCCAGGGUCACGUCCACAACCUAGCCGACCAGCACCUGGACCGAAACCCGGACCGGAAUAUCUCCCUCCAGAUCAAGCGCAACAGCCUAGACCAAGACCUCAACCACCACAGUCACGUCCGCAACCAUCAUAUCCAGCACCACGGCCUCAAGUUCCAGGCGGUCCAGGUGGCCCUAGCGGUCCCGGCGGUCCCGGCAGUCCAUGUGGACCAGGUAGUCCAAGCGGGCCAGGAAGCCCAUGCGGUCCUGGUGGCCCAAGUGGUCCAGGAGGCCCAACCGGUCCAGGUGGUUCAAGUGGUCCAAGUGGUCCAGGAGGCCCAAGCGGUCCUGGCGGAUCUCGCCCAUGCGGACCAGGUAGUCCAAGCGGGCCAGGAAGCCCAUGCGGUCCCGGCAGCCCAAGCGGUCCAGGCGGACCAAGUGGCCCAGGAGGACCAAGUGGCCCAGGAGGACCAGGUGGUCCAACCGCCCCAGGAGGACCAGGACAAUAUGGCCCUGGGGGACCAAGUGGCCCAGGGGGACGCCCAGGUGGCCCAGGAGGUUCAAGCCGACCAGGUGGCCCAAGUGGACCGAGCGGACCAAGUGGACCAAGCGGACCAAAACCAGGCCCUGAAUAUAUACCACCAGGAAGCCAAACUACCCGUCCGUCUUAUCAACCACGGCCACAAUCACCUUCCGUUGGCCCAACUUACCAACCACGUCCACAGCAGCCUACACCAGGACCCACAUUCCAACCACGACCACAACCACAACCUCGACCACAGCCGCAACCAUCGCAACCUGCUAAACCUGGUCCCGAAUAUCUACCACCACCUGGUGAAAAUGAAGUAGGACCAUCGCGACCAGCGCCUCGUCCGCAGCCGCGACCACAACCACGUCCACAGCCCACAUAUCCAUCACCACAGCCCACUCAACCAACUCCACAACAAACUUACCCAGCACCGCAACCAACUCAACAAGUUCCUCAAACAUCAUAUCCAGCACCGCAGCCAACACCGUCCUCGCCAGCGCCUCGGCCGAGCUAUCCUGCGCAACGACCGACACAGCCUGCGCCGCGACCACAACCAACAUACCCUCAGGGUCCAAGUGGCCCAGGAUGUGCAGGCGGUCCCGGUGGUGCAGGAGGAUUUGGUGGUGCUGGAGGUCCGGGCUGCGAAGGACCUAGUGGACCUAGCGGUCCAAGUGGACCAGGCGGACCGGAUGGACAAUAUGGCCCAGGAGGACCAAGUGGCCCAGGGGGCCCAGAGGGCCCAAGCGGUCCCGGUGGUCCUAGUGGACCAGGUGGUCCAAGCGGCCCAGGAGGACCAGGUAGUCAAUAUGGUCCUGGAGGAUCAAGUAGACCAGGAGGACGUCCAGGUGGACAAGGAGGUUCAUACGGCCCAGGAGGACCAAGUGGUCCAAGUGGCCCAGGAGGGCCAGGUGGUCCAAGUGGCCCAGGGGGACCAGAAGGAUCAUACGGUCCAGGCGGACCAGGUGGUCCAAGUGGCCCAAGCGGACCAGGUGGACAGGGUGGUCCAGGCGGUCCAGGAGGUCCAGGUACUCCAACCGGACCCAGCGGCCCCGAGGCGGGAUCUCUCGGACCAGAUGGCUACAACUACAACAGACCAUCUAGACCAUUCUCUUAUUAAAUUAAUUAAUUUAUUAAAAGAAACUCGCCCAUUUAGUAUUAUGAAUUUUUACGAAAUUUUUUAUGAAACAAAAACACAAUAACAAAAUCAAAAAUUAGCGCUUGAGCAACAUGUCUUCCACCAUACGAUGUAACAAUAAACAAACGAUCAUUUCCUACGAAAGCGAAUGCCAGUUGACACUUACAUACAAA